CAUUCACCGGGAGUGCUGCCUGGGUGUGUGGAUGGUGUCACAGGGGUUAGGGAGAAAGCCGCGCUAGGAUUUAUAGCUGUUGCACUGUGGCUUGCGCUCUGGACUUCAGUUUUUAAUGGAUGGUUGGAGCUGAAAGUUAACUUGUUUUCCUGGAACUUCCUGUUGAGUAACUUUGGGUUCACACACUGCACUCUUGACUAUUUUUCUGGUUUUGAAAAAGCAUAUAAGACUCCGUAUAUACACAGAGAUUUUACAAAAGAAUAAGGUGCUGCUGUUGGAUGAGAGAUUUGCAGGUAGCAAAGAUGCCUAUACUUAAGCAACUGGUCACCCAUCCCACUGCCUCAAAGAGGCGCUCGCGGGCAGACCUCACAUCGGAAAUGAUCAGUGCUCCACUGGGUGAUUUUCGGCACACAAUGCACAUUGGAAGGGCAGGUGAUGCCUUUGGAGACACAUCCUUUCUUGGCAGCAAAGGUGAUGAUCAACCAGAAUCAGAAGAAUCUUUUUCCAAGCCAGGACUGCUUUCCAGAACAUUUCGCAGCAGCAAACGUUCCCUUUCAGUGACACGCAGUGACCGUAGAGACAUGCUAGGUUCCGUCAGGGACUCUGCUUUUUUUGUAAAAAAUGCUGUUUCCUUGCCCCAGUUGACUGAGAAGGAGGCUGAAAAGAGUUCUUCCAAGAAAAUGCCAAAAAGCCUCUCUUCCAGCCCAGUAAAGAAGGUGCCUGAAGAGCAGCAUAUAAAUGGGGCAUCAGCUCAAAGUCCAACAACUGUUCCCGAUGCAGCCUCUGUAGAGAGAGAAUUUGGAGAACUAACAGACUUGCCAGAUCCUGCACCAAAGAGCAGCUCUGGUAUGAAGCAUGCAGAGUCUAUCAUGUCAUUCCAUAUUGACCUAGGUCCAUCUAUGUUAGGGGAUAUCUUAAGUGUCAUGGACAAUAAUGAGUGGGAGAAGGACCUGGACCAUAGCCUUGAUGACCUUGAUAGAAAUGGCUCUGGCUUACUUCCUUCCUGGCAGACUCAUCCUCCACAAACAGGUUACCCAUCAUGUGCCCCUAAUGCAGAAAGCAAAAUGUCUACUUCUGCCAGAGUAACCAACAGUAAAGUGUCCAAAAACAAUCAUUCAAAGUCUAGAGACAGAUCAGUUGUCAAGGAAGACAAAUCAAAGAAGGGGAGAGACUUUUCUUUUAUGGAUGAGGAAGAUGAAAUCAGAGUGUAAAAAAUACUUUUUUUUCUAAAAAAAAAAAAAA